AUGCUUCUCAAUGUGAGACACACACUUAAGCUGGGAAGGAGGUCUCCUCGGUUUGGGCGUCUAGAUCCCGCGCCACCACACCGCCGGCGAGAUGCAGAAGGCGGCGACACUCCAGAGACGACGCCGGAAAUGAGCGGUGAAAUGAAGUUGACCGGGUGUUAUACGGGCAUUCGAGUUAAUAGAAUUCCCGAAAUUCAAGAGUCAUUGCUAGUUGAAGAAGACUCAGAUUCUCUUAAGAUCACUCCUUAUAACGAAGCCGGCCUUUUCAAUUUAAUCACUCUUUCAUGGCUGAACCCUUAUAUCCCUUAUAUUUGA